UAUGAAGAGAAGUUAAGGAGUUCUUUGAAUCAGCGUGUAUGCCUAGAGGGUGGAAUGAUACGCACAUUGUGAUGGUACCAAAGGUGGACCAUCCAGAUACAAUAAGCCAAUUUCGACCCAUCAGCUGCUGCAAUUUCAGGUACAAAAUCAUCUCAAAGAUCAUGGCUACCCGACUGAAGAAAUGGACUCCCGUUUUGGUCUCAGAGCUUCAGACAGCAUUCACAAGCGGUCGCCUAAUCCAAGAUAAUAUCAUUAUCAUUCAUGAAGUCCUGCACCAUUUUAAGAAUCACAAACUCGGUAACAGAAGGGAUAUGAUGCUGAAGCUGGAUAUGAAAAGGCUUAUGACAUGGUUGAGUGGGAGUGCCUGGAGACCCUCCUAAGGCAAUAUGGGUUCGAGGAGAGAUGGUGCAAAUGGUUCAGCGCUUGUAUCCGUAUGGUCAGCUUCUCAGUUUUGUUCAACGGAGAAGCCUCGGAAAGCUUCUGCCCCUCGAGAGGCAUUAGACAAGGUGACCCUUUGUCCCCUUUUCUUUUCAUCCUUAUGUCCAAUUCUCUCCCUUUUCUGGUUGACAAAGCAGUCAUAGAAGAACGGAUCAAGGGAAUUAAGCUCAACCUGAGAUGCCCAACUCUAACUCACUGUCUUUUUGCGGAUGAUACUGUCAUAUUUGGGAAAGCUAACAUCCAAGAGGCUGGAAGAAUUUUGGAGGUCAUCAACGAAUAUGGGGCAAUCACUGGUCAAGAAGUCAACAUACACAAAUCAUCUAUUUUUUUCAGCGCGAAUGUUCCCACUGAAGAGAGAAAUGAUAUCAUCAAUCACAUUGGAUUUGCAUCCUCCAACUGCCAUUCAAAAUACCUUGGAGUCCCGACGGAAUGGGGAAACUCAAAGAAGGAAACAUUAUAUUUCCUUAUCCAAAGGAUGGAAAAGAUGGGGGAAGCGUGGAAGAGCAUGCUGCUUUCACAUGGAGGAAAAUAAGUCCUUCUCAAGUCGGUCAUCCAGGCUAUCCCUACUUUCAUCAUGUGCCUCUUCCUCCUACCAGUAUCCCUGACGAAGAAAAUGGAUUCUCUCCUUAGCAAAUUCUUCUGGUCAGUGUCGAUGCAGAAAAGCAAUCUCCACUGGUGCAGGAAGAAGAUUCUCUGUACCCCAAAAUCGGAGGGAGGUUUUGGUUUCCGAAGCUUUAGAGAUUUCAACCUGGCCCUGCUUGCCAAACAAGCCAGGAGGCUUAUCAACAACACUGAUGCUCUUUGGAGUCGUCUCAUUAAAGGACUUUAUAUCCCUAGAGGCAACUUUCUCUCGGCUAAAGAAGGAAGCAAACCAUCUUGGAUCUGGGCGAGUCUAUGGGAGUCUAAGAAAGUCAUUGUUCUAGGAGCUAUUAAAGUUAUUGGAUCCGGUGAUGAUACAUGGAUUGAUCAAGAUCCGUGGGUCCCUUCCCUUCCGAGGGCUAACAUUCAGAGUGGUCCACAAAACCACGCAAGAGUCAGUACCUGGAUUGACCUGGAAAGCAGAAAGUGGAAUGAUGAGUUGAUCCAGGAUCAGGUUUCUCCUCCAGAAAGAGAUGCUAUAUUGAGAGUUCCGAUUGAGGAGGAGGACGCUAAGGAUUUUUGGGCGUGGAGAUUUAAUGAAGACGGAGAGUUUACAGUCAAGACGGCGUAUCAUCCGGUUCACUUGUCAGCUACGGAUCCCCAAACGAUGGACAAUGUGCAGAAAUGGAAAUGGAUGUAGAGUCUGAAUAUCCCGCCUAAGCUCAAGUUCUUUGUCUGGAGAUGUGCCAGGAACGGUCUAGCAACAAAAGAGAGACUCUUUCAUAGGAAAUGAUCCCCUAAUGCUACAUGCCAAGUGUGCCAAUGGCCGAUUGAGUCCCUCGUCCAUUGCCUCUUUCAAUGUCCCCAUGCGUGGGAAUCAUGGGAAGUUAUCUUCCCGAACCUCCCGUUGCCAGCUCAGUAUACUGCUUUCUUAGACUGGUUGUACCUUCUCAAGGAUUCUAUCCAACCAGGAGCCCUCACUCAUGUUAUUUUCCUUUGUUGGAAUAUCUGGAAGGCUAGAAAUGAAUAUGUGUUCAAGAAUCGGAUCCCUUGGCAUCCGAACAUUAUUUUGACAACUUACAGGGAAUUCACGGAAUGGACUAAUUGCCCGAGGAGUCCCCCAAUGACUCUCCUUCUACUCAGCUCAGGGGAGCCCAAUCACUCAAUUUUCCACCGCCAUACAAUCACAAUUUUGUGAUUCACUGUGAUGGGUUGUUCUUAAACGACUCCCAGCCGGCGGCAUAUGGUGUCGUGGUCACUAACCACCAUGGACAAGUGUGUGAUGGGCGAGAUGACACUCUCCUUUGUUCCACCCCACUCGAAGCCGAAGCAAAAGCUCUUUUGGAAAGUCUAAAAUUAGCCCAAGAAUAUGACACGGAAUGUGUUGUCCAGUCUGAUUGCCAGCUGGUUGUCAAAGCGCUCUCGGAUGAGCCAAGAAAUUGGCCUUGGCGAGGUGCAUCCUGGAUUGGAUCAAUGGUCUCAAUCUUAAGAUCGAACCCGCAAGUGAAGGUCAAGGCAGUAGCACGUGCUGUCAAUGUUAGAGCUGAUUGGGUUGCACGAUCUCUUGCUAGAGCUACUCUCCCUGUUAACUGGAUUAGUAUUCUUGACCUAAUUUCGGAUUUCAUUUGAUAAAGUGUAAUCUCGCUUUUAUCGAGUUGGAAGUGGAAUAAAAGAUGAACUUUAUU